ACAACCUAUCAGACUCAGAGUCAGCACACUUGCGCCGGCGGCCCUGCAUUGGCUUUUGUGGCGCGCUGCAGCUGAAGACUACGGUAGCUCACGAGUCAGAGCCACAACAAAGCCAGAGCACAGCACAUCAAAGAUCAGAGUGCGCUCUAAGAUGGCUGAACACCCUCGUCCUUGGUAAGAUUUCUGAUAGGGAGUCUCCCAUGACCACGGGCCUGUCAGUGAUGGACCAUGGGUGAUGCGCGCAGCUGGCAUUGAAUGUAAUACUAUCAAAGACAGCGCAACAUUGUAUAGCCUGCAGUAAGAGAAGCUGCAGCUGCAUCAUUUAGCUAGAGAGACAUCCUCCAACUUUGGCCAGGCACAAGUUGCGAUACUGUUAGUUGCAUCUUGCCCAACAGACAAAUGUGACAGCCUCACCAGCGAAGGUGAUCGCGUUCUAGAUAUGGCAGGCAAUAUGUUGAACCAAUUGGAGGACCUGUUGCGACGCUUUGCUGUUUGGUUUUUUGGCCUCUUUGCCCGCCUUGCAGCCUACUUCGACGAUUCAGCAGCAUUUGAUCAUGCUACAGCUCUAAAGAAUGUGGUGACAAUCAACACCCGGCAGCAUUGGGACCUGGCAUUUGAAGAAGCAGAGAGGGAAGGCAAGGAGGGUAUCCUUGCAUACUUCACAAAAUGGUCAUCCCCACCUUGCAAGUUCGUGCGGCCUUGGUUCGCGGAGCUCUCGGAAAAGUAUUCCAACCUCAAGUUCCUCAUGGUGUAUGUGGAAGACCUAGAGGAGCUCGCGGUUGAAGCUGGGGUGAAGUUCAUUCCAGAGUUCCAAUUUUUUCACGAAGGUAAAACGGAAAAGGUGCAAGGAGCAAAACGAGAUCAAGUAGAGGCUCUUCUGAAGAGAAAAAUAGGGCAUUCAAUGGUUCAACGGACACAAACUAGAACUAUAGAGGAGCAAAGUCGGAGCAAAAAGGCCAAUUGAAUCUACAGUAGUUGUAACUACUGUAUUUUUACCGUGGUUGACAACACGGCAUGGGAUACGGAUGGUGAACCACAUGUAAAGCUAGCGUUACUAACUGUCAUGUUUAUGUCGAGGAUGGACUCACCGGCGGGUGCACCUCUGCGCAAAGCUAUGCUAGUCAGUGGAC